AUGGACUAUGUUUCAACUAUUAAAACUUUGCUUCAUACUUCGAGAGAAGAAGGAUUUGUUAUUCUACUUAGUUAUGUGAAAGAAGUUUGUGCCAAGUAUGACAUUGAGAUGCCUCAAAUGGAAGCUCGUUAUAAAUCUGCUACAGGUCGUUCUUGUCAACAAAAUGAUUCAAUCACAGUUGAACAUCACUAUCGAUUUGAUGUAUUUACUGCUGUAAUAUAUUUUCAAGUUGAAGAGCUUAAUAGUAGAUUCAAGGAUGAGACAAUGAAACUUCUUAAGCUUAGUUGUGCUUUGAAACCUAAAGAAAACUUUAAGCUUUUUAAUGUUGAUCACAUCUAUCGACUUGCUGAGAAAUUCUAUCCUCUUGAUUUUGAUACACAAGAUUUACACCACUUGCAAAUGGAUCACUAUAAGAUUGAUGUUGUUGGCCAUGAAAGAUUUCAGAAUUUAUCAACUAUUUCUGAAUUAUGCUGA